ACUGGGUUGCCUGUGGUAUGUGUUUUCAACAUGGCGGCUGCGAAUGGUCUCUUACUUUCAGGCCGCUUAGCUCUUGUAACAGGUGGUGCUAGUGGGAUAGGAAGAGCCAUAUGCCAGACACUAGCCAAAGCCGGUGCAUCAGUAGCAGUUGUAGAUAGAAAUAUUGAAGGUGCCAAGGAAACUGGCAACAGCCUUUCAAAAAAUGAUGGCAAUCAGCUGCAUUCUUACCAUGCCACUGACGUAGUCUCAUCACUUCAAGUUAAUAAAUUGAUCUUGAAAGUGCAAGAAGAUCAUCAGAGACCACCUUGUAUCUUGGUUAAUUCUGCAGGAAUCACAAGAGAUGCUUUCUUCUUGAAGAUGAAUGAAGAGGCUUUUGAUGAAGUUAUUGAUGUCAACCUCAAAGGUACAUUCUUGAUGUCACAAUUUGCAUCCAAAGCAAUGGUUGAAAGCAAGAUAAGCAAUGGUUCCAUAAUCAACAUUGCUAGUAUUGUCGGAAAGACAGGCAACAUAGGUCAAGCAAACUAUACAGCUUCAAAGGCAGGGGUUGAAGGCUUGACAAGAACAUGUGCUCUUGAGCUGGCAAGGUUUGGUAUCAGGUGUAAUGCCGUUCUUCCUGGAUUCAUUCAUUCUCCCAUGACUGAGAAAAUCCCAGAACAAAUUACUCAAAAAAUAGUAAAAAUGGUCCCCUUGAGUCGUAUCGGACAACCAUCAGAAAUAGCAGAGGUGGUCAAUUUUCUGGCCUCAGACCUCAGCAGCUACAUUACUGGAGCCUCUAUUGAAGUGACAGGAGGACUAUCAAUGUAAUCCAGCAACUUUGAAACACCAUUUUUAGUAUCAGUACUUUGAUCUUCCAUAAAAUAGAGAAGUUAUAUUGGACAAAUGGUGAGAAAAAAGUGCAUCACAAUUUUUAUAAAUUAUUGUCGUAUGAUAAUAAGAAACCAAUAAAGCAAAAGAAGAUAAUAGAAUUUUAGCUGUCUACUAUACACUGUGUGUUAUGCUUACCCAUAGUAUCCUUUUAUAUUUUUCAUGGACCAAAUAAAUUCACUCUUUGAAAAUACGUCAUAGUCAAAUAGACACAAAAGUGAACAAUGCAAAUAAGAGUACAGCUAUCCUUAUCCCAGGAUACAAAACAUUUUUAUUUAAUUUAGUGAUUUUGUGACAAAUGUGUACUUAUGACACACUUACCUAGUGAUUUUACAAUUUGUCAAAGGUCUUUCAAUGUCAUAUCUGGUUUCAUGACCAGCAAUAACACUGUGCGCUGCCUAAGUAUUUAUGCAGGGUAAAAAAAUGAAAUUCAACUUUAAUGAUCAGAUAGUUUAUAAUCAAGCAAAAACUGGCAGGCUUUCAUCUUUUUCAGCUGAAAGUCAAUCAACAAAAUGCCGUUGAUCGGCUGACAGUUGGUCUACAAAUGGCAGUUAAUUGGCCAACAAUUGUUUGACAAAUGGCAAUAAUCAGCCUUUUAUGAUGGCACCGUCCAUACCUCCAUUAGUUUUUAAAGGCUAAUGUGAAAUGCACUACUGAGUGAUAGCUAGGUUCGCCAUUAUCGAACCUGUCAAGCCUAGCUUUGAUCAUUGAUAGUCAUUUAUCUGUCCAUACUUGUUAGUAAUUGUAAUUGAUAUCAAGACUACAUAAUAAACCUUUAUCUUCAAACUCUAA